AUGGAGGAAGAGCACGACAACAGAUGGUACGAGUCCAUCCGCCGCGAAGCCCAGAGGAUGGAGCAGAUGGAGGAGGAGCCGGGACUCUAUGAGGUAUCUUAUUUCCAGACACAACUUCCACGCCCCCAGCAGGAGCCCAGAGAGGAACCCUUGAACUACAACUCCACCGAGGGAUUGGGCUUCAUCGCGUCUGAUCUCGACCCCGACGAGCCCGGCCCGUCGAUGGUGAGGCCGGCCAGGGUGCCCCCUCUCGCCGACGAUGAAGUGCCCAAGUUCAAGUGCGGCAUCUGCAUGGAGACCCUCCCUAUCCUGGACCUCUUCCACGGCAUGCAGUGCGAGCACAGGUUCUGCGUGGAGUGCAUGGCCACGUACAUCGAGGGUAGGAUCCACGACUGCGAGGUGCCGAUCCCGUGCCCGGACCCGGCGUGCAGGGAGCUGGGGGAGGACAGCCUCGUCCUGCACCCCGAGGAGUGCAAGAAAUCCAUCGACUUCGCCGCGUUCGUCAGCUGGGGUUACCGCCUGACCGAGAGCGCCAUCCCGCAGAACCGGCGCGCCUACUGCCCGAACCGCCAGUGUGGGGUGAUGCUGGAGGCCACAGGUGGUAAGACCCCGGUCAUGGCAUUCUGCCCGGUGUGCAGCCACCCGAUGUGUGCCACAUGCGGCGUGGAUUGGAGCAAGGAUGACAGCGGCCAGCACGACUGCUUUGAGGGGCCGAGUGCCGCCCUCGUGAAGAAGCUCGCUGAGGAGCGUCGAUGGAAGCAGUGCCCAAGAUGCAAAAUGCUUGUUGAGAAGAUCUAUGGGUGCAAUGUCAUGCGUUGCAGGUGCAAAUUCAUCUUCUGCUACGCCUGCGGGCUCCCGACGGGACGACAAAUGGGGAUGGAGCCGCAGCUGAUCUCCUGGACUCCUUCUGCGUCCUGCCAUGAUCUAUAUGGCUGCUGCAACAGAUUUUGCCUGUGA